AAGAGAAGUGGACAGUAUCUAUAUUAUCCUGAAGGCAUGACUGUAAUUAAGGGUUUUCGAGAAACUAAUGAUGACGUGGAAGAAGGUUUUUACCGCCUGUAAUUUAUAAGUAGGAUUCAGAUAGAGGAAUGCAGAGGACAACAGCUACCUGUUGACAGCAACUUCAACGUCUUUGUCUCUUUUUUUUAAAAAACACAAACAAGUGACUACAAUGAAACCUCAGGACAUUGUAAAGGAAAAGAGCAGCCUGUGGGUAUUUGGGUAUGGAUCUUUAGUGUGGAAACCCGAUUUUACAUACAAAAGAAGCAAAAUCGGCCACAUUAAAGGAUACAAAAGACGCUUCUGGCAUGGAGAUGAUUUCUAUCGAGGGGACAAGGAAAAGCCAGGCAGAGUGGCAACACUAGUGGCAGAUCAGGAGGCUAGCACAUGGGGAGUUGCCUAUGAAGUGACUGGCUCCCAGAUUGAAGAGUCUCUCCAGUACCUGAACACGAGAGAGACUGUUUUGGGGGGUUACGUAACGGAGAUGGUGGAGUUCAUCCCUAAAGAGAAGGGACAGGGUCCGCUGUUGGCGCUCGUCUACAUUGCUACCUCUGACAACCCCAUCUACCUCGGCCCGGCCUCGGACAAGGAAAUCGCCGCCCAGAUUGCCAUCUGCAGCGGCAACACGGGCCACAACAUCGAGUACCUGGUUCGUCUGGUGGAGUUCAUGAGGCUCUGCUGUCCAGAGGUGGAGGAUGAGCACCUGUUCUCAAUCGAGGCGGCUCUUCUGAACAUUUUUCGUGAGGGUGGAGGGAUCAAACCUCCAGACCAAAAAUCUCUGCUGCUGGGAGCCGUAUAAAAGACUGCACAAAGCACUCCAUACCACUCCAUGAACAAUAUUUAUACUGAUUGACACAUGUGUAAGGGUAUUUGGUGUUCAUAGAUGGAAAACUUGAUUUGGUUUCCAGUAAAAUGAACAAACCUUUAAGGAGUUUUCUUUUUAAUCUCAUGCUUCUACAUUUGAUCUCAGAGACUUGAAAUAUGUGGAUUUUGCACGCUGUACCACAGACUGUGUACAAACGGGGCCACGUGGUGCUUUUAAAAAAGCUACACUAAUGAAUUUGUAAAUCUUUAUAAUCAUUUUUAAAUGUGUUUGAAUAAAAACUGUGAGGAAAAUGG